GUAGUUUUUUUCUCUAAUUAUGACUCUAGACGAAGCAAAAGACAUACUAGGGGGUAAAAAAAUGCGUUUCAAGACCGGCGUGUGGUUUAAUCACUUCCAAGAGUAAAAUCGACGAUUUAUUACUUAACGAUAAGAAAACAUCUGGGGAGGGAAAUAAAAAAUUAUCACUGUACAUUGCGACAAGUGUUUUUCACUUUUGGGGGCUUCGGAGCUUUCUUUAGUCGUGGCCCCAUCAGCUGAUAAGUGUCAAGUGUCACUGUCAAAAAAUUUGACAGUUUGAAUGUCAUUACAAAGUGCAAAAUUUUUUUUUUAAUUAUGACAUCAAAUGAUUAAUCGAGUCAAAUAAGUGUACUGAGUGUCUCAAAUUAUUGUUAAAUAUGAGUUGUGAUUUAAUUUUGUGGUUUCGGGCCGGGGCAUGUUAAGCCGCGGCCAUUUUCGGUCCCAAACUCAAGUUUGAUUAAGUUAACAAAACGCAACAAAAAAUUCAAAUUGGUACACCAAAUAAUUAACUGAGUACAAUGCGGUGUGUAUAAUGCCGCGGCCAUUUUCGGCCGCAGACGUCAUGUUUAUGUGUCAAUGUCAGCUUGUGAAAUGUCGUAACUCGUAAUUUUUCUCAAAUUAUGACUUUGGACGAAGAAAAAGACACACUAGGGGGUAAAAAAAUCCGGUUUAAGACCCCCGCGCGUGUGCUAUUUACCUCCGAGAGCAAAAUCGACGAUUUAUUACGAAAUGACAAGGAGGCACCCGAGGUGGAGUCAAAGAAAGAGAAGGGCCCAUCCCUGGCGUCGUUCCUCCAAGUGGAGCUGACCCGUGACUACCUCCUGGAACACGACGAGGAGCGUUUUUCGGCCCGGAGAGAGAAAGUCUACUCAUUUAUGCGAAUCCCUCGCGAAGUGGAGCGUUUUAUGCGUUAUGGAUUCAUGCAAUGCACCGAUUCGUUCCUUUUUGUUUACACGUUUCUACCAAUGAGGGUUUUACUAGCACUGUGGGCUUUGGUGACUCGACCGUUUUGGUGUUUUGGGGUCCAUGACAGAGGAAGACGCGUUUUAACUCCAGCGGAGAUUUGUGAUUUAUUGAAGGCUGUUAUUCUCGUCACGUGUAGCAUGAUUAUGUUCUCGGUUGACACAAAUAUGUUGUAUCAUUUGAUUAAGAGUCAAUCGGUGAUUAAGUUGUACAUUUUUUAUAAUAUGUUGGAAGUGGGGGACAGGUUGUUCUCGGCGUUCGGACAAGACACCAUUGAUGCGCUGUUUUGGACGGCGACGGAGCCCCGGGGACGGAAAAGGGAGCAUCUGGGGGUCAUUCCACACCUGAUUUUUGCCAUCGUUUACGUCAUCCUUCACAGCAUUUUGGUGUUGUUUCAAGCCACGACACUCAACGUCGCGAUAAACUCCAACAACAAGGCCCUUUUGACCAUCAUGAUGUCAAACAAUUUUGUGGAGUUAAAAGGGAGCGUUUUCAAGAAAUUCGACAAGAAUAACCUAUUCCAAGUGUCUUGUAGCGACGUGAGGGAGCGUUUCCACCUCAUCGUCCUCCUUUCAAUCGUCGUUUUGCAAACAAUGCGCGAAUAUUCGUGGAAAUCGGACCGACUUUGGGUCCUCGUCCCCGACUGUCUAAUCGUUUUAAUCGCCGAAAUGUUCGUCGAUUGGAUCAAACACGCGUUUAUCACCCGUUUCAACGAACUCCAAUUGGACGUUUAUCGCGAUUACACCACCAGUUUGGCCUAUGAUAUGGCCCAAACGCGCCAAAAACACGCCUUUUCGGACCACUCGGACCUGGUGGCGCGCCGAAUGGGGUUCAUUCCGCUGCCCUUGGGGGUGGUGAUGAUUCGAGUGCUGAUAAGUGCGGUCCAAAUCAGCGAUUUCGCCUCGGUUUUGCUCUUUAUUUUGGCGUAUUUCUGUCUCGGAUCGUUCAAAAUUUUGAAUAGUUUGCUGAUUUUGGGGAAAGCUUGUGAUUUGAUAGCGCAUCAUAAGCAGGAGAAGGCGAGUGUUCAGUCGCCCAACUCGAAGACGACGACGACGGCGACGAGUCCGCUGAGGCCCCCCGUGACGGGGGAGCAGUCGGGGUUUCCCCCGGUUGAGAUUAAGGGGGAUUUGGGGCCGGCGGCCAUCUUCGCGAAUAGUACUGUUGAUUUGAAGAAUGUUAGUUUGAAUGAGGAGUUGUUGAAGGUGGAGGGGGAGGAUAUUAAGAUUGAGGCGGUGGGGGAACAGGGAGAGAUUGUGACGAGGAGUUUCCCCGAUAUUAAUAGUAAACAGUUGGAGGAGGUGGGAGGGGAGGGGUUGAAAAGGGCCGAGUCGGAGCCUUCGUUGAAUGUUUGCAGUGAUGAGAGUGAUUUGCCAAAGUGAUACUAGUCGGUUUUUGGUUCUAUUCCAUCCUAUUGUUUUUUUUUUUUUUUGGUUAAGUCCAAAGACUUGAAUUUUCGUAUUGCAGUUUGUAAAUAAAUAUUUUUAUAUGA